AUGCCUUCUUCUGCUAGCUUUGGGAAGUCUCAAGUUUGGUCCGAGAGACCGCUUCCCUCACCAAUUCGAAUAGCCGAUGCCUACCUCAGCAUGCCUUCUCCGCUGGAGGCGCUUCUUCUUGCGUUUGCGCUUGCUGGUCUGGACGCAGGCUACCAACUCGUUACUGACUGUGGCGCAGCAACCAGAGCUCCGAGACGUCCGACGUUUGGCGGCGAGGCGCGAGCGGCUGGAGCGCCAAGUCUACGACACGCAGCAAAAGGAGGCAGUGCUUUUGGAAGCUUCGAGGAAGACGGCGGCGGCGAAAGGGCCACCCGAGUGGCGGCCAAGGAGGACGGAGAGAUGAGGCGGCCAGCUGUGCAGCACCUUGGCCGGAGCCAGUUCUUGGCCCCAGUCCUUCGAAGCUCGCCGACCUGUCAACACAGCAAGGCACGGCACGGCUGCAACCGGGAUUGGGCCUGGCCAAAGUGCGAGGACUGCGGGGCGGUCGAGCAGAUCCCCAAGCUGACCCCGGACAAGCUUACGGAGUGGAACUCGGUGCUAGUGUACCAGGCGCCCAACUACCAGACCCCGGCGGCAGCGAAGGAGGCGAAGGAGGCCAAGAAAGCGGCGAAGGCGACGACUACAUCGACGAACUCGACCGCACCGGCGUCCACGGCUCAAAGGAGAACAUCACCGACAACGGCGUCUACGGCACGACCGACAUCUUCGACUAUGCCGGCGGCUUCGGCACGACCGACCUCGUCGACUGUGACGGCGGCUAUGGCAAGAGCGUGGGCCGCAUCCGAGAUCCGGCCACCAAGCCGCAGUCAAGGCCCCAUGGCCCCGGACGAGGGAGAGAUACCACGACAUCCCCCGAGACCACGCCGAGAUGGGCCGAUGGAAGUGGACGAGUUCAGCAUCGGCACACCGGACAGCGCAGCCUUUCCUCCUCCAACCUCAGCGGGCGAUUGGGAAGGCGAGAGAGACAUGGCCCAAGCAACGUUGGAUGUCAUGAUGCCAGGUUCGGCCCUGACUCGCUCCUGCACCCAAUGCCCGGGAGAGCUGACGCUAAACUGGCACGAGGAAAAGGGGGGCUACCUUUGGAUGUGCGCCAGGGGCGACCCCAACUGCCAGUUCACUUGGAGCGGCUCGCUGGACCUCAACAAGCUGAUGACGGCCUUCGAGAUUCGCCUGUGCCGCGACCAGAUCUUGGCAUCCGAAUGGGACGAGGUCAUGGCGACAUUCCUCCGAGCUGGCGGCUACAAUCCGGACCGGACACCGGUGAUGAGCUCGGACUUUCCUUCGAGAGCCUGGAGAUGUUUGGCGCCGGAGCGCAGCUACGUAUGGGCCUUCGCUGGAAGUCGCGUGCCGGCAAGCAAGAAUGCCAUGGUGAAGUCACCCCUUUCCGCCAGGGUGAUUUUCAAUGUCGAUGACGGUGACGUCAAUGUCCUGGACAUUGCCAAGAACAAGCACCCCAUUGACUAUAACCUCGGUGACACCGAGGUCACCGUCUACGUUGUCCAGGAGUUCGAGCGCGACUUUGUGGAAGAGCUGGAAGACGUCCGGCAUGACCCCAUCGAGGCGACGUUCGACAAGGGCACUAAGAAGCUGCUCGGCCAGAGCUUGGAGAAGAUGACGGGGAGUCAGGACGAUGAGUCCUAUUGG